AUGAACCAGAGAACUGAGAACAGAGGACGCAUGCUGGGAAGAGGGAACCUGGGCAUGAUGGUGGAGGUGGGUGCAGAAGGCGAGGAUGACAGCUUUGGGGAGGCAGACUAUGCUGCCAUUAACUCCACGUUGGGCCCGAUCAACUCCUGUCUGGAUCACCUGAAGAAGAAUGACCACCUCCACGACCACCUCCACGUCCGCCUCCAGGAGCUGCUUGAGUUCAACUGGCAGACACGCUUUGAGUUCCAGUUCGACAAGGCCCCUAGAGAUGCCAGUCCCUAG